AUGAUGGAGGAGCUGUUUACUGCUCCACAGCCAAAUGUUUCCACUAAUUCUCAAAUUCUCAAACCCUCACCACCGGCGCCACCGUCUUCCGCCACCAAUACUCCAAACUCCUCGGAAAACCAUCAUCUGAGAUGCCCACGAUGCGAUUCCUCCAACACAAAGUUCUGUUACUACAACAACUACAACCUCACUCAGCCACGCUACUUCUGCAAGACUUGCCGACGUUACUGGACUAAAGGUGGAGCCCUCCGUAACGUUCCCAUCGGCGGUGGCUGCCGGAAAAACAAGGGAACCACCAUAGCAGCUGCUUUAGCAAACCAUAAUAUUUCCAACACCUCAAAGCUGAAGGCGGUUCUUUCUUCCGAGCUCGGAAAAACAGGAUUCAUGAACGGGUUUCAGCAUUCCGACCCGAUCUUUUGGGCUAGCUUACCUCAAACCUCUCAUCUUCUUCCCUUACUAAGACCCACACAAAACCCUAACCCUAAUUUUGCGUUAAACCCAGUCACCCACACAAACACGUUCAGUUCAUCUUGGAGAAACAGUCAAACGGAGCAAAAUCAACGUGAGGAAAACGGAGGGAUUAUAAACACAGGAAACAAUCUUAAUCUAGGUCGAAUGUAUCAACGGUUAAGAUCAUUUCCAUCAAACUAUAAUUACCAUCAUGAUCAUCAAACACCACCUGUGAUGAAUACUUUAUCUUCAUCUGUAAUGGAGUCUGCUCCUGCUGUUGCAAAUGGUGAGCCGGGUUUAUGGAAUCCGACACUUCCAUGGUCGGAUCUGCUGUUAACCAACGCUGCAUAUCGUUAA